ACUACCUCCGCUGUUCUUUGGGGCGAUCGUGGCUCAAGAGUUGGGAGUUCGCCUUGUAAUCGGAAGGUUGCCGACAUACAUCGCCGCUUUACGUCAACUCCGAAGCCCUUUGGAACAGGGCCCUGUGCAGCACUGUUCAGCAAGAGCAGUGAGGGGUGAUCUUUAUGAGUGCAGAGACACCAUGUUCCCAGCCAAGCUAGCUUUGAGCACUCUGAAAAGGAUCCACCAUGGAGCUUGUUAUCGAUGUCUUUCUACCUGCUUCAUCCAGAAGGAAGGGAUACAGGCUGGAGAUGGGCCCCCCUCAGACUCCCGUGUGUGGAAGAGAAAGCCUAAGAACCAAUCUGCAGUCUGGUCAUCAAUAAGACUUCUUGAAACACAGCAAAACGGGAGAAGACGGUUCAGUUUAUCAGCUGCUACUAUAGUAGAUUCAGCACCAGUACACGUCCAACCGUACCUCCGGCUGAUGAGGCUGGACAAACCUAUAGGGACAUGGCUGCUGUACCUCCCCUGUACAUGGAGCAUUGCUCUGGCUGCUAACCCUGGAUGCUUCCCAGAUCUGGGCAUGCUCACACUGUUUGGUACAGGUGCUCUUCUCAUGAGAGGGGCCGGCUGCACCAUCAAUGACAUGUGGGACAAAGACUUCGACAAAAAAUAA